AUGGCAGAACAGUGUGCGAACCAGCAGACACCACAAGAGGACGCCAGGAAGUGUUACAGAGGAACCGCAAGGCAUGAGGAGCAGGAUUAUCACUCAGAUGUAGACAAUGCGACAGAGGACCGUCAGAGAUAUGGGAGGACGGUCAGCGAGCCUCUGCAGGCUGAUGAGCGGGAACUGCAGGAGCUUUCUGGCAGAAGGAAACCAGCCUUAGUCAGAUCAAAGACCUUCGACCACUCUCUGCUGACUCAGGUUAAGACAGACCCAGACUCCAAGAUAGAGAGGAAGAAGUCUCACUACAGCCAGCUUUCAAAGGGCAACUGCCAGUACCAUAAAAUAUUUAAGGAGAUCAGCAAAGAGGAACAGCUGAGGCAGAGUUACACCUGCGCCCUGCAGAAAGACAUCCUCUACCAGGGACGAAUGUUUGUCUCUGACCACUGGGUCUGCUUCCACUCCAGAGUCUUUGGCAAAGACACAAAGAUCGCCAUCCCAGUGGUGUCAGUCACUCACAUCAAGAAGACCAAAACCGCCAUUCUGGUGCCAAACGCUCUGGUGAUUGCCACGGCAAAUGACAGGUAUGUGUUCGUGUCCUUCCUGUCCAGAGACAACACCUACAAGCUCCUGAUGUCAGUCUGCCUUCAGCUGGAGGAGAAGAGUCCAUACAGCAGCUCCAUCCCUUCUUCAGCGGAGAACAGCUUCCGAGGUCAGAGGUCACCUCACUGUCCUCUGAGGUUUUCAGGUGACUUCAGUGACCUGGAUGGAGCGGUGAGACAGAGGAGGCAGGAGAUGGAGGAGAGCAGCAGCUCUGACUCUCAGACCCCCGACUAUGAGAAGAUAGCAGAGUUCCCUGUUCCUCCAUUCCUGGAUGUGUUGGAGCACACGGACAUCGCUGCACCUCCUGCACAUCCAGACUGUCAGCAUGCAGCCAAGAACCAGCAGAGCUCGGACAAGCAGCAGCACCACCCACACCACGCCGAUGUGGUGAUUGACAGCAGAACUGUGAAACCUGUGUCUCUCAACACUCUGCUGUUCAUCUACCUGUUUCUAGUGUGUGUCCUGGUCUUGUCUUCCUGUUACCUGGCGUUUAAGAUCAUCUCGUUGGAGCAGCAACUGAUGGCGCUCGGCCCCAUCUCUGAGUUCACCCAGCAGGAGAGCAACCUUCUGCGACGGAGCGCUGACAUGAACGUGGAACUGGUGUCGGAACUGCUGACCAUCAACCUGAUGAAGCUGGAGAAGGUGCAGAAGAACCUGCAGCGGCUACUGGAUGAAGCUACCUGAACUCACCACACACCGCUGUGUAAAGUUCUGUAAAUACAUAGGUCAUUUUAGCAGAUGUUACAGCCUGACAAUACUGAGGUGUACUGGACUCACUGGAGAUACACACAAACAAAACCAUACACCUGCUGACAGCAGCUCAGGUCACCUGUGUCGACCCAGCAGGACCACUUCACAUUCUUCUCUAUGUGGAACGAAGUCGACCUUCUCAGCUACUGUUGUAUUUACCUUGAACAUGUUGA